AUGAAGACGUCAUCAUUUCUGACACUGGCAACAGUGUCAGUCAUAUUCUUGGUUCUGUUGAGUUGUGAUGUUGAUGCAAAGAAGAAAGACAAGAAUUUGAAGGUAACUGUCGCCGAUGAUGUCUCUCCACCAGCUCCAGCAAAGAAAACGAAGAAGGCAGCAGCAGCUAAAGAAGCUCCAGCACCACCAGCGAAGUCAGUUCCAUCGAAACAUAAGGACGACGAUAAUUCGAUUGACGACGUAGAUGAGGAUAGAAUCGACGAAAUUCUUAGAGAUGCCUCCAAAAAUUUAGUUAUUUUCUUAUACGACGGUAAAGUUCCAUGUCCAACAUGCACAGAAGCAUUGUCAGAAGUCGAAGAGAUUGAUGAUGAUAUUGAAGCAACUGGAUAUGUUCAAGUCGUGAAAACGAAUGAUAGAUCUGUUGCCAGAGAGUUGGGAAUUAAUGUAUUCCCAUCAUUAGUUUAUUACAGAAGAAAGAAUCCAAUUUUGUAUGAUGGAGAUUUCAAGGAUUCUGAGAAUCUUCUCCGUUGGCUCCGUGCUCAUGAAGAAGUUGCCACGUGGGACUUGACAGAUGAUACAUUUGAAUCAAGAACUGAUUCUCAUUCACCAGAUGAGGGAUCUAUUGAUUGGUUUGUCAUGUUUUAUGAUGCUGACGAAGGAAAUAGUAACGCAUUCGUUCCACUUUGGGAGACCGUUGCUCAUAAACUCCGUGGUUUGGUUAAUGUUGGAAAAAUCGAGAUUUCUGUGAAUGAUGACGUCACUGAAAGAUUUCACAUCGAGGAGAGAGAAUGUCCAGUGUUCUUACUAUUCCACCGCGGAAAGAUGUAUCGUUACAAGGAGUCAGCCAAGGAUGUUAGAAGUUUGACCAAUUUCGCUUUGCAUAAAUACAAGGAGCAAAGAGGACACAGAGUUCCUGAACCACCAACAGCCAUUGAGCAAGUGUAUGAAUUUGCUAAGGAGAAGAUUAUGGAUGUUAUGGACGACAAUCAAACACUCUCAGUUCUUGGAGUCGGAGGACUUAUUGUCAUUGUUGCUGUCACUUUGAUCAUCAAAGCCUAUAGAAUUCGCGCCGAAAACAAAAACAAAGUUGCCUAA